GACAGUGAUCAAUUCAAACACAAACACACUGGAAAUUAAGAAGAAGAAGCAGCAGAAGAAAAGGGUUUUCAGGUUUUGGUUUUUGUUUUUGUUUUGUGAAGAGUGAGAGAAAGACAAGAGACAAGUAGCUAGGUUAGAUUUCAUCAAUGGCAGAGAAGCAAGUGAUGAUUUUGGCGGCGGACGACAGCGAGCACAGCGCCUACGCGCUGCAGUGGACUGUGGAGCAUUUCUUCGCGCCGUUCGGCUCCAACACGCCGUUCAAGCUCGUCAUCGUCCACGCCAAGCCUACGCCGUCCUCCGUCGUCGGCCUCGCCGGUCCCGGGGCUGCUGAGGUUAUGCCGAUUGUGGAUGCUGAUUUGAAGAAGCAGGCUGCUCGCGUUAGUGAGAAGGCCAAGGAGUUUUGUGCUUCUAAAUCGGUAAAAGAUGUGGUCAUAGAGGUGAUAGAAGGCGAUGCCAGGAAUGUUCUCUGUGAGGCUGUUGAAAGACACCAUGCAUCCGUCUUGGUUGUGGGUAGUCAUGGCUAUGGAGCCAUCAAAAGGGCGGUUUUGGGAAGUGUAAGUGACUAUUGUGCUCAUCACGCUCACUGCAGUGUUAUGAUCGUGAAGAGGCCUAAAACCAAACACUGAAGGCUCCUAGCUGAUUGCCUUGUGCUGAUCAUUGUGUCUGCGAAAUUACGCUACCUAGAAUAAAUUGGAUUACUCCAGUUUAAAUAGUGUGAUAGUUCAAACUCUAAAAUAUUGUUUUGGUAUGUAACAUAUAGUUGAGGAUUAAACCUCAAACAUCUGUAUAAACAAGUACUUUUGUACAACCAGUUGCAAUUUAUGGCUUGCUGCACAAGUAAUAGAGGACCUUCUAUGUAAUAACCUCUUUACCUUUUGAACCGGAAACUUCAAGAUUUUCAAACAAAAGUUCUAUCAUACUCUGGAUUUUUCCUUU